UUUGUUUGCUUCUUUGCCUGAAAAAGCCGAUGUAAGGUAAGCAUUUUGAGACGACAGAGGGGAUCCAGGAAGCAUGCACCUCGGCUCUCAAGGUUUUCCAAAUGCCUUCCGUGACUCCUUCAAUGCUUUAAAAUCACGCUGGCAGCGCUGCAUCGACGCUGAAGGAGCCUAUUUUGAAAGUUUUUGAAGAAUUGCAAAGAUUGGUUCAAUAAAUGUUUUUAAGUCGACUCAAUCUUAUUACUUUCCGCACAAACUCUGUUGUAUAGUCGGCUCUCAAAACGUGCUUUCGCCGAAACCACGUUUCCAGACUCAGUGAAAAAAUUUAUCUCUUAGCCCAAGCCAAUCUCUACUCUUCUUCCUUGCAGCUAAGUCUCUAAUGCACUUUCAACGCCGCAAUAUAUCAAGCUUUCGGCUUCAAACCCGCAUUGCUGGGUUUUGUCUUCGGCCUAGUCUUCUAUGCCAAACCAGCACCCUCGGCAAUCCCGGACAAGGUUUCCUCUUCGAUCAUAUUAAUGCUUUCGAGGACUGAGCCUGAAGGACCUUAACAACUCGUCAUUGUAGAACUACAAACGCUGUGAACAGAUUCUUCACAGCAGAGGUAUAGCCGCAAGUGAACUCACUGUGCCCACCGGUGGUAGCGACCACUUCUCCAAACGACGUUUGAGCUGAUAUCGCAGUCCGCUUUUUAUCCAUGGUGUACUCCAUAUUAAGUUUUUUUUCAGGAAAGCUUUAUCUCUAUCGCUUUAUACCUAUUAGCAAUGGCAGAGGUAGCUAUAAAUUCUCCUCCUUUAAUUUCGUAUGCAAAGCGGAGGAUGAAUAUCUCUGCAUUAGCUAGACGUCAUCUGCACUAGGCUAGUUGCUAGUUGCCAAGCCUAGACUGUAAUGUCAGCAACGUCCACUGCCAAGUCACCACUCGCGUAGAGGAUAUACAUAGCUAAGAUUACUACUAUACAGCAAAGAAAUGCUGCACAUCUUUUCGGCCUGAAACCACAACCCUAAUGUUGCUACAGAUUUGUGUAGAACAAUUAACUUAAAAGAUAGCAAAACAAACUUCGAAUACAGAUACUUUCUGGUGACUUACAAGAACUCACAACAAAGCUCAAGCAAUCCGCGCAAAUAUCUUAGAUCUUAUUGAAGUUCUUCAAAGACACAACCACGUUCAUUCAUAUAAAACAAUACAACAAACAACGCAGCAUAUCGACAGCGAGGGCAGAGCGGCCUAAUUGAACAACGGCGGCAAAGGUGCAAGCGCCGAUAAGUUGCCAAGAAAGUAUCUGGGGCUGUACACAAAAUCAAUCACGGCUGCAUAUGCCCGCCAGUACAUAGCUGCGGCUUGACACACUGAUAAAGACAUUGAGAAGCAAUGAUAAAAACUACAAAACAAAAAUAAGAAAACAAGCAUAUUAAUCACGAGUCGAUGUCGUAGUGGGUGGAGACGCAAUCAGCCACAUGCAAUGGAAGACAAUGAUGAUACGCCGGGGAAUGCUUUUUUUUACAUAUCGAAACAAAAUUUCGGUUGGAAUACAAUGAUUGCAAAAACAGUAAUAGGCGAAACGCGCUCUCAGCCGGAGCGCAAACGCAAACGCAAAUUACAGUGGAAAUAAAAUCUUAUGUUUUUAGAUAAAUACGAAAAGCUACGCAAAAAUCGAAAUGACACGUCGUGGCAAAUUCGUAGUGAAUAAAGUAAGCAAUGCUAGAAUACAUUUCAUUAGGGACACACCGGCACCACAGAGCACGGCGCCGCAACAGUGCCACAAUGUGAGCAGCAGCACACCUGCGCAAGUGGGUUGCGGACGGCCCGCUCCGCCACCCACGCUCACACUCACACAGAAGCUCGAAUUCGUAGUGACGCUCGUUAAUCGGCUGCUAAUCGGUUUCGUAACAGUUUACUUGUGCUGGAUGAGUCUGCGUUUGGAUAGCAAGGAUAUUCCAUGGCAUGCGGUGUUUUGUACACUGGGCUUUCUCUGCUUGAUGUCCGAAGGUCUGAUGGCCUACUAUCGUGGCAACGCUUGUACGCAGGUGUGUCAUCGGCCGGAGAAGGCACGUUUGCAUUGGGUGUUACAGUUGUGCGGCUCCAUAAUCGGUCUCAUUGGCAUUGUGAUUAAAAUGUGUUUGGAGGAGGUGCACUUUCACACGCGUCACGGCAUCAUAGGUCUGGCUACCAUGGUUAUUUUGUUUAUCAGCUUGUUAAGCGGUCUCAGCUCACUUUACGCCGCCGAACUGAAGGGACGCCUGCAACCACGUUUUAAUAAAACAUUGCACAAUAUUAUUGGCCUAAUUACGUUUACAUUGGCCAUGCUAAGCAUGUAUUACUCGUUCGAGACGCAACUGUUUAACGAUUACUCGUUAGACGCAUCAACUUAUAUGGACUUCCGUUUUCUCUUGGAGAUUAUCACAAUUAUUAUAUUUGUGUUGACCGCUUAUGGCCCUAUGUGGUGCUUGUUUUAUAGUCGUUUGUGAAAUAAACGGAGAGUUAUAUAGUGAAUAAUAACAUUGAACAUUAGAA